CGCGUAAGAGGGGUUUUGUUCUGAGCCGAGUUUCUGGGCUGCGGUUUGGAGCUCGGAGCUUGGCUGGCCUCUGCCCCAUGGCCACGUCUCCACCCUAUUCCCGCCCCAGGUCGGCUCAGUUCCCAGCCGGGCUCCAGGCGCCAUGGCUUCCCGCGGGAGGAAGCGGAAGGCCGAGGCGGUGCUGGCCGCAGCAGCCGAGAAGCGGGAGAAGCCGGCCAGCAGCCAGAAGGGAGUGGAGGAGGCGAGCGUCGUUAUUGAGCAUCGCACGAGCUGACGCAUCUAUGGGCGCAAUGCCGCGGCCCUGAGCCAGGCGCUGCGCCUGGAGGCCCCAGAGCUUCCAGUGAAGGUGAACCCCAGCAAGCCCCGGAGGGGCAGCUUCGAGGUGACGCUGCUGCGCCCGGACGGCAGCCGUGCGGAGCUCUGGACUGGGAUUAAGAAGGGGCCCUCACGCAAACUCAAGUUCCCUGAGCCUCAAGAGGUGGUGAAGGAGCUGAAGAAGUACCUUUCGUAGGGAGGUGUAGGCCCAAGGCCUCACGCUGAGCCUCUGUCUCUGGUGAUGUUGGAGCAUAUAUGACGGGACAUGGCCAAACUGCAGUCAUGUGCCUGAAGCUGUGGUUUCUUCCCCUCCAGAAAUGGUGGUUCAGUUGUGAGGCAAUUCUCUAGUAAGGCAUUGAAAAGUUCUUGGAUUUGGUUUAAUAAAAAUUAAAAUA